GCGAUCAGCAUGAACUGCAGCCUGCCAGACGGAGCGCUGCUCCACUACACGAUGGAGGGACGGCGGCACAGGCUGUGCCUACAGUCUCUUUGGGACUUGGUCGCAGCAAAGGAGCCAUUGAUCAAGUCACCAUUUUUUCCAGUGCUGUUUUCUUUUACAGCAUACAUGGCUUUCUGUCUUCCGUAUAUUGCACUGGACUUCUUAAGCAUUAGACUACCAAACUUGAGAAAAUACAAAAUCCAGCCGCAGAACUAUCCAACGCUUGGAAUGAUGGUGCCUUGCAUUAUUCAAAGUGUGUAUCACCAUGUUAUGUUGAUCUUCCCAGUGACAUUUCUCCACUGGUACUGGAGACCAAUGAAUCUACCAGUGAUAGCUCCAGCGCUGCCUGAGGUCCUGCUGCAAGUAACAGUUUGCCUGCUGCUAUUUGAUUUUGAAUAUUUCCUGUGGCAUUUGCUUCAUCACAGGGUGCCUUGGCUCUACAAGACCUUCCACAAGGUGCAUCACAAGCACGUGUCGACGUUUGCCCUUACUACACAGUAUUCCAGUGUAUGGGAGUUACUCUCACUGGGAUUUUUUGCUGCUAUUAACCCACUGCUCCUUGGAUGCCAUCCUUUGACAGAAAUGAUUUUCUUCCUUGUAAACAUUUUUUUGUCAGUAGAGGACCAUUCAGGAUAUGACCUUCCGUGGUCAACUCACCGACUUGUACCUUUUGGUUUGUAUGGAGGAGCACCACAUCAUGAUCUCCACCAUCUGAAAUUCAAAUCAAACUAUGCUCCUUAUUUCACACACUGGGACAAACUCUUCGGGACAUUCACCAAGUCACAUUCUAAUUAAGAAUGUACAAACUCAUAUUUUUUAUAGACUGAACUGGGACAUUAUUUUUUUAAAGACAUACAGAAGAUUGUAUAUUUGAAUAUGCUUGUUAAAGCAAUAGCUAUUUAUAACAAAGUCUCUUAAUAUAUGUGUAUUUGUAUGUGUACUUGGAACUGCCUGUGUUAAAUGACUGCAAAUGGGGAGGUGAAUAUCUGUUGCUUAAAUUUGAGUCAAAGGUUUAAGGGAAGCAUUAAGAGACAUUCUCUCUUUUUUCCUUCUUUCCGGCUUUCAUAAAGCAUGUAUCAUAUUACUGUAUGAUGUUUUAUACAUACGCCAGAACAAUUAUCUUACUGUUGUAGGAUGAUUUAUGAUGUAAACAGAAAAGGUACACAUCAUGGAUUUUUGUAGAGUUUAAUCUGCCAGAGCAUACUAUUGCGCAAUGAUAUUGUAAAAUAUUGCUGCCAAACCAGGGUAGUUGGCUAACUGUGCAAUAAUUUUCAUAUUUAUAUUUUCAACCUUGAUGUACUGUCUGUUUUAAUAGAAAAUAAAUAUGGUCAU